UUUAUAUUUGAUUUGAUUCGAUUCCGAAGUGAUUAUAUAUAACAUUCAUAUUUUUCAUGUGAAGAGAAAUUGAAGAAAGAAGAAGCAGUCAUAUUCCACUGUGUUGUUUUUCAGAUUCAAUUUUCUUUGACACAAUGCAGUUUGUUGAAAUGGUUAUGAGCAGCAAUAUAGCAAUGACAACUUCAAUCACAUUAGGUGUAAUUAGUGUCAUUGUUUGGAUGGUUGCUGAGAUUCCUCAGUUAAUCACAAACUACAGAGAAAAAUCUGCUCAUGGUCUCUCGGUUGCAUUCUUGCUCACAUGGAUGAUAGGGGAUCUGUUCAACCUCUUUGGAUGCUUAUUGGAACCUGCAACUCUACCAACUCAACUAUAUACUGCAGAGUUGUAUACUUUUACAACAUUUGUACUUUGUUUACAAGCCAUUUACUAUGGACACAUAAAUCCUCAACAUAAGUGCAAGAAACAGUUCAAGAUUGACACAACAAUAGAUGAAGGAGAAAGCAAUGGUGUUGUUGAAAAUGGCAAUGAUGGUGAUCAGAGAACAAACAUUGGUUUGAGUUCCCCGAUUAAUCUUGCUCCAAAAAGUCAUGUUGAAACACAAUCAUACUACCAGUCAGCAAGAUAUCUCUCAAAGAGUUAUACUCCCAAAUCAGAAUUUAUCUUACCCAAAAGAUUGACAUCUUCUUCUCAUAUUUUGGAUCCUAUAGAAGAACCUUUGCUUGUUUCAUCUGUCUUGACAAAAUCAGCACCUUCUUUAAAGAUCAAGAGUACAUUGUGUUUGGUGUCAACAUUAACUUUUCUGGCUGCCAUCAAUCUGCUUCAUUCACCAGAUACAAGAAUUCAUUCUGUGGUCUCAAAUCCAAGACAAGAGUUUGUGAUUUAUGUUGGGAGAAAGCUUCUUCAGGUUAGUGGCCAUCCUUUGCCAGUUCAUGGUGUAGAAGAACACUCUAGCAUUGGGAUUUACCUUGGUUGGGCAAUGGCAGUUAUAUAUAUGGGUGGAAGAUUUCCUCAGAUUUGUUUGAAUAGCAGAAAGGGUAACUUUGAGGGUGUCAAUCCUCUUAUGUUUCUCUUUGCUUUAGUUGGGAAUACCACUUAUGUAGCAAGCAUACUAGUGAGAAGCUUGGAUUGGUCAAAAAUUGGUCCAAAUCUUCCAUGGCUUGUAGAAUCAGGAGGAUGUUCUCUUCUUGAUUUUCUUAUUUUGAUGCAAUUUCUAUACUUUCGACAUCGGACAUCGAAAGACCUGGAGAAUAAGUAUAAACAUGAAGUUGUUGCUUAGAUGAUGACGACGAAUCGAAGAAACAAGGCUUAUGAGCCAUGCAAUUUCCACAAUGCUGACCAAGGGAAAUGGUCUUUCAUCGAGGACCAGAAAUCUUGUAUGAAUUUUGACAAUUCCAUUUUGAAUUUUUCUUCAAUUUUCUGUUUGUCUAACAUUGUUAUAUUAUUAUAUAUUCAUUGGUUUUUAACUUUUUAUAA